AUGUCCGGGAAGGAUAGGAUCAAUGUUUUUCCAUCGCGAAUGGCCAUGACGAACAUGAAGACCCGUUUAAAGGGGGCCCAGAAGGGGCAUAGUCUGCUAAAGAAAAAAUCUGAUGCCCUCACCCACAGAUUUAGACAGAUUCUUAAGAAAAUCAUUGAUACGAAAAUAAUGAUGGGCGAAGUCAUGAAGGAAGCUGCAUUUUCAUUGGCCGAGGCAAAAUUUGCCAUGGGUGAGUUUAAUCACCUUGUCCUUCAAAAUGUUGGCAGGGCAAAGGUCAAAGUUAGAUCGAAAAAAGAUAAUGUUGCAGGGGUUAUGUUGCCCACAUUUGAAUGUGAUCAAGAUGGACCUGAUUCGAAUGUCCUGUUAGGAUUAGGCAGAGGGGGCCAGCAGACAGAUCGGUUGAAGAAAAAUUACUCAAAAGCCAUUGAGUUGCUAGUUGACCUGGCUUCCCUACAGACUUCGUUCAUCGUCCUUGAUGAGGCCAUCAAGACAACGAACAGAAGAGUCAAUGCUAUUGAGCAUGUGAUCAUUCCACGCAUUGAGCUGACACUGGAUUACAUCACCACAGAGUUGGAUGAGAGGGAGAGAGAAGAAUUUUAUAGAAUGAAGAAAAUACAGAGAAAGAAGGCACAGAUCAGAGCAGAGCAAGAAAAAAAUUCAUCCAACUCCAAUGGCAAGCAGUUGAAUGAAUGGGCAGGUAAAAGUGGAGUUAAUGACGACAAUAGCUCUAAUGUUAUGGACAUGCUACACGACGAUGACGAAGACUUACUCUUCGGCAAUUAA